GGCUCCUGGGUAAGCGCUGCUGGCCCGGCAGUAACAAGAUGGCUGCUCCGGGCGAGUACUUCAGCGUCGGGAGCCAGGUUUCCUGUCUGACGUGCCUGGGCCAGCAGCUGCACGGGGAGGUGGUCGCCUUCGAUUACCAAUCCAAGAUGUUAACUUUAAAAUGUCCCUCUUCCAGUGGGAAGCCCAACCAUAACGAUGUUCUACUGAUUAAUUUAGCUUAUGUUUCGGAUGUUAAAACAAUUAAUGAUCACACAGAAACUCCACCACCCUUAGCUUCACUGAAUGUUAGCAAGCUUGCCAACCGAGCACGGACAGAGAAGGAAGAGAAAUUAAGCCAAGCAUAUGCAAUUAGUGCUGGAGUCUCUCCAGAAGGCCAGCAGCUUUUUCAAACUAUCCAUAAGACCAUCAAGGACUGUAAAUGGCAAGAGAAGAGCAUAAUCGUCAUGGAAGAAGUUGUAAUUGUACCACCUUACCAGGUUGAGAACUGUAGAGGCAAAGAGGGAGGAAGCGCAUUAAGUCACGUACGCAAAAUAGUCGAGAAACAUUUUAGAGAUUUGGAAAAUCAGAAGUUAAUGCAACAACGUUCACAAGCACAGCAAACACAGAAGGAAACUGCUUUGUCGUCCUGAGUGGCUUGGAUAGUCCUUUGCAGAUCCUGAAGGGGGAGGGUUGGGGAAUUUUUUUUUCCUGGGAUGGGGAGGGAGUAGUCCACAUGUUUUCCAGGGAAAAUCUACAGUGAGCUGACAUUUCCACUUCGAGAAGAGAAUAGACUUUACAAAAAAAAAGCAUACAAGACAACACUUAUUGUAACUUGACUAACUAUAAAUUACCUUUUUCCUUUGUUUGCUUUUUUUAAAAAAAUAAAGUCAUAUUUUGUUAAUUUUAUUUUUUACAUGUUCAUUUGCUUUUCAUAUUGUCAUUACACUCAUUUUAGGUAGAUCCUAAAUUGCUGUCUAUGACCUGCACAACACACAACUUUACAAACAUAUUUGUUAAGGCAACAAACCAGCUGAUCGUAGUAAUGGUGUUCUAAAGAGGAAAAAAAAGCAAAGCAAGAAGGUAAUUUAACAUGUUAAGUGGUUCUCCCAUGUAGGAGAGGUUUCCUUUUAAGUCCUUUUUUUCCAGAAGCUUAUUCCCAGAAGGAAUAAGUCCAGUUUUUUAAACGUCACUGAAAAGUCUUCCAGUGAAGAAUUGAGUAUCUGAUGAUGGAAGAUUUGGCUCAUAAGCUUAUAUCCUCUGACUGUGUACAGAAUCGGUUUGUCUUGCUAAGACAGUGCUUAUGGAGAGAGUGGCCAUUUUAAAGGAUAUAACUGUUCAUGCAGUUUUGCAUGUGUCAUGUACUGUACACUUCAUUAAAUUGGAAGAAAAAGGUGUCGCCUGGUCUUUGCAUAAUAAAAUUAGACAGUAACAGUCAUUUAAAGUCCUUUUUAUAGGCUGGUGAAGAAUCUAUGAUAAUGUAUAUUUUUAUUCGCAGUCCCUGUCAGCACAACACUAUAAUAUAAAUUGGAGGAAUUUAAAACAUUUUAAAGCUGAAUCUGUUAUUGUCUUAUUUUGAUUGAAAAUAUGAAAUUAAAGAGAGUAAGAAGAAAUGUGUAACCAGUGUUCUUUAUUCUAUACUUUGACUUUCCCUGCAGACAUUUUGCUGCUUUUUGUCAAAAUACCCAUGGCACCUUUCUGGGUUAUUUGGGGGAAAAAAAUUUGUUUGUAUUUUGUUCAAAUUUCUUUUACUCUAAGCUAUCAUUUCUGGUGGAUUCCACUUGGAUGUAUUGAGAAGUCUAGUACUGAAUUGAGGAAUAAAUUUGUCCUGUAGAAUUGUUAAUAGUAAUUUUCCUAAACUUAUUUCUCCUGCUCCCAGAUUACUGUUUGACUAAAAUGGUGGGCAUUGACAUGUGGUAUUGCAAUUCUCGAUUUAUUGAUUAAAUAUGAAUUUUAAGUGUAAAUUGACAUGGUUGCAAUCCAGUACCUUGUCCUUAAAGUUUACUUGAUAACUAUUUGGGAUGUUAUGAGCCAAGUGACUGCCUGUUAUGUGCUGAGGUGUUAUCUACUUUUGUUUCCCUGGCAUGGAGAGGAUUUUUUUAGCAAUAUUUGUGUGCCCACUUGGUGGACCUAUUGACAAAGGAGAGUAGGUUUUCCCAGUUGCAAUAAUCAGCUUCUGACACC